GGAUGUGGAGUAGGUAGCUGCGAUUUGGAGGCGGGAGCUGAUAAACUGGGAUGUGGAGUAGGUAGCUGCGAUUUGGAGGCGGGAGCUGAUAAACUGGUCCUGUUUUGUGGAUUAAAGGAAGAAGUACGGUUCAUUCCCAACUGCAGCGGCCUCCUCCAUUUCUUAAACUUCUUGUUUCCACCACGCCCCUGUCCAUACAUAUUUUACGCUGAGAACCGUCGCCUCUUCGACUACGCGCAAUUCUGCAGUGGUUUGAUCAAUCCUGACUCGCAAAUCCUGUUCGAAUACCAACUCUUGAAAACAUAUCAUCCCGAGACACGUGACCAAAAGAACCAAACUGCAACCAAGGAAGCUGGUUUUCAGCAGACUUGCAGUCAACCACAGACGGGCAGUCCAUCCGGCUAUACCACCGGGAGAGACAGAGAUGAUUUCGAUGAACUGGAGGGUGGCCCCUCAGUUGAAUCAUCCUCUGGUGCCACAGAUUUUGGCUCCGGUUCGUCGAUCGAAACCCGGCGGUCCGUUUGUUCCGGAACUGGAGCACCUAACUUAUCGUCAGCUGUCACCGAAGAACUGGUGGAUGGUGAGGAAUGGAAGGUGUCCACGAGUUGA